ACUUCGAUAUCGAUAUUUCAAUAUUGAUAAAGCUAAUGCUAGCAUAAUAAUCACAACACUAUUUUUCUCUUUCUUCUUUGACUCUCUGUCAUUUUUUUUCUUAUAAAUCUUCCUUGUGUUUUUGAUCGUUUAUAGAAAUCACGAAAUGCCUCAAAUAACUUUGGAAGAUAAUACCCGAACACAAUAUGUGCCCCAAGUCAGGAUACUUCAAAGACCAAAAGAACCUACAGCAGCUGGGUCAAAGAAUAACCAAGAUGGAGAGAGUAAAUCUCAUUGUAAAUCUAUUGGAAACACUAAAAGCUAUCAGGAAAGAGAAGCUGAAUAUGCUAAAGUACGUUUACGUAUUUUAGGCAGUGCUGUACCUGAUUACAAAGAUCAGUGAAUAAGUAAACAUUUCACAAAUAAUUCAGUUGGAGGAGAUCUGGAGAGAAAGAACGAUAUUCAUUUGGAUUUUAAGCUGUGUAAUUGAUUGACAAACUGAAUUAAAAUUUAUCAUAAUUGAUUUGAUUAGAUUGAACUCAUUUGGUCAUUUAAUCGUUUAAUCAAGCACAAAUUCAUUAAAAGUGUUUUGUCAGUUAAA